UCGGCGGGGUCGGUUGUCCGAAAGCGAAAAAAAACAACCAAAUGAGGAACGAUAAGUUUGCUCAACCACCGCCAAUGGGCUUUGCCUCUGCACCACCACAGCAGGGAUAUCCACAGCCUGGAUUUCCACAGCCAGGAUACAACCACCCAGGAUAUAACCAGCCAGGGCAUCCCUGGAGUCCCCCUUCACAACAGUCGGGAUUUUCCGGCUAUCCGCCACCACCACAACAUGGCUAUCCGCCGCAGUUCUACGGAGCUCCACCUGGUUAUGGAGCACCACAGCCGCCACCACCUAUGCAUUUGCCGCAACAAACCACCACGGUGGUGGUGAAUGGUGGAUGGUACAGUCGGACUCAGAAGAACAAGCCACAAUCAAAUGCUGUUGGCGCAGCGGGUCUCAUUUUUGUCUCGGGAGGAAUGAACAUUGCGUGGAGCAUUGGGUUUCAUGGACCCCUCUACUAUAGGAUCAACGAUCUUGACUGCGCAGCCUGGUUCAUAGGUGGCAUCAUAGGAGCGCUGCUCAGCUGUUUUCUGGCCAACAAAAUAGCCAAGAAGUAUGUCCUGAUCUUCAGCUCGAUACUGGUGAUGAUUGGUGGCAUUGUGAUUGCCAGUACCCGGUAUAAUAGUCAUGCCAGGCUGGCGGCAACCUAUAUGGAUGGCAUAGCCAAUGGACUGGUGUUUGCUCCCUUUAUGGCCUUGGCUGGCGAGGUCUCAGUUCCCUAUAUGAGGGGUCUGGUGGCAGCCAGUAUUGAGCAGAUGUGCUUUGGCCUGGGCAUCUUCCUGCAGAUCGUCUACACCACCUCGUGGAACUACUCCUCGUACCCAUCGUACAACUCCUUCUCGUCCGAGAACAUGAAGGGAGUGCUGAGCACUAUUUAUGGUCUGCUGGCCUUGGUUAUAGGCUCCCUGCUUUGCAUUGAAUCGCCGGUGAUAAUGCUGGCCAAGAACAACGACGAGCAGGGGGCCAUCGAUGCCCUUCGGCGACUCCAGAGGCCCUACACCUUGACCAACGAGACCUACGAACAGCUGGCGGAGCACAAGAAAUACUUGGCCCAGAACGAGGCCCUUUCGACGGGCCAGAGCAUUGGACAGGCUCUGCCCACCCUCGUUAAACUGGUCUUCCUGCGCGGUCUGAAUGCCAUGAGCAUUUCUAGCUUUGUCCGCUUGACCCUGGUGUAUUCCUCUGGAUACUAUGGAUAUGGAUUGAGCUAUUGGUGCUGGGCCAUUGGAUUCGGGAUCUGCCGCUGGAUGGGCAACUUUGUAGCCACCUUCUGCAUGGAAUCAGCGGGUCGCAAGAAGCCCACCCUCCUGGGUCUCAUUGUGUGCGGUGUCCUGGCCUUUGUGAUUGCCGCCCAGUACAACAUAAUCACCUAUGACACCGGUAAUGUCAUCAUGCUGCUUGUCUUCCAGCUAUUCGCCGGAGUAGCCUUCACGGCCACUUCACCCUACCUGUCGGAGGCCUAUCCCCUAGCAGUUAAGCAGCCCUUUAUCGCCCUCACCUUCAUUGGCGAGAUGCUGGUCUUCAUAGUGCUAACCCUUAUAACAUGGAGCCAUUCUGGCGGAGCCAACUACUUUUAUGCCAUGGGAGGACUCUACUUCUUCGGAUUCGUCAUCGUGGCUCUCUGCUUGCCAGAGACCAGAAGGAAAACUCUCAGAGGAGCCCAGGAUAUGUUCAGUACCUUCAUCAGCAGGGGUUUCUAGUAUGCCAUGUAUGUGUCAGACCAAAGAUAAUAAAUAUUUAUAGCUAA